CCUCUCUCUCUCUCUCUCUCUAUAUAUAUAUAUAUAUCUGUGUGUGUUCAAGAACUGAGAUCCAAGAUUCAAAGAAUAAAACACCACCAUUAAUCUUCGAUAGCUCACUCUGUGAUAAAGCUCUGCUUCAAUGGCGAGACCAAGAAGCACCAAGAACUCCUUCAUCACCAUAAACCCAUCACCAUUUUUGCACUUGCUUCCACUUUCACCACUGUAUUCCCUCUUCUUCUCCCUCAAGAAGAAUCCAAGAAACCUCAACAGCCUCUGCACCUCACAACCCAUCUCUCUCUUUUAUCUUUCCAUCCUAUUUUCCUUCACUUUCUUGGGAAUUCUCAUCCUCAUUUUCCUACCAUCUUCUCAAGAAUUCGUCCCCUGCCCUGUCACUUCACCAUCAUCAUCACCACCUUCUCAAUCUUCCUUCUUCUUCACCUCUCUCGCUUCCACUGUUUCCGAUGAUAAUGGAGUUUCCGACGAGCCGAAACUGUUGAACAGUGUUAUGGUUCCGUUGCCGGCUCAAAGGGUCGUCGGAAAUGUCUCCGAAAAGGAGAGAGAGUUCUGGAAUCAACCAGAGGGAGAAGGGUACAAGCCAUGUUUGGAUUUCAGCAUUGGGUAUCGAAAAGCUUCUUCGAGGAUUUCGAAGGAGAAGAGGAGGUUUCUAAUGGUGGUUGCUUCAGGGGGUUUGAACCAGCAAAGGAAUCAGAUUGUUGAUGCUGUUGUCAUCGCUAGGAUUCUCGAAGCCGCUUUGGUUGUUCCCGUUUUGCAGGUCAAUCUCAUUUGGGGAGACGAAAGCGAAUUUUCGGAUAUUUUCGACGUUUUGCGUUUCAAGAGGACUUUGAAAGCUGAUGUUAGAGUUGUCUCAUCUUUACCGUCUACACAUUUGAUGUCAAGGCAGUCAAUUGAGACCAGGAUUCCUCGUGAUGUCACUCCACAGUGGAUCCAUGCCAGAUUCUUCAACCAAUUGAAUCAAGAAGGCGUUCUGGUAUUAAAAGGGAUAGAUUCUAAACUCUCAAAGAAUCUUCCACCUGAUUUGCAGAAGCUUAGGUGUAAGGUGGCUUUCCAUGCUUUGAGAUUUGCAGAACCAAUUAGGGAGCUUGGGAAUCAACUAGCAAAGAGAAUGUGGAUUGAAGGUCCAUACAUUGCUCUCCAUCUCAGACUUGAGAAAGAUGUGUGGGUCAGAACAGGAUGUCUCACCGGUCUUGGCCCGGAAUUCGAUGAUGUCAUCGCCAAAAUCCGGCAAUCUCGGCCGGAAUACCUCACUGGAAGGUUGAACAUGAGCUAUGUUCAACGACGCCUUGCGGGACUGUGCCCGCUUAAUGCAUUGGAAAUGGCAAGAUUGCUUAAGGGUCUUGGUGCACCGAAAAGUGCACGGAUAUACAAUGCCGGAGGAGAACCCUUCGGCGGAAAGCAGGCUCUGCAGCCACUUUUGUCAGAAUUUCCGAAUUUAGUGACAAAGGAAAUGUUGGCAAAAGAAGGAGAGCUCACACCCUUCAUGAACAAGUCAUCUGCUUUGGCUGCCAUAGACUACAUUGUCUCAUUGAGCAGCAACGUGUUUGUACCUUCCCAUGGUGGAAAUAUGGGCCGAGUCAUGCAGGGUCACAGAGCUUAUGUGGGGCAUAGGAAGUUUAUAAAGCCUAACAAAAGAGCUAUGCUACCCGUCUUUGAAGACAAGUCAAUUUCUGACGAAGAAUUUGGAAGCAUUAUCAGAGAGCUUCAUAGGAAAUCUAGUGGACAACCUGAGCCAAGAGGUUAUAGGAGGGACAAGGAUGUGAUAGCGUAUCCAGUUCCUGAAUGCAUGUGUAAUAAACCUAGCUCAAGCAUUUUUUAAGCAAACUCUAUGAGAACCCAACUUGGGAUCUCUGUUUUUAUUUUGUAACAAAAAUUUGUAAUUCUUUCUUUUGACAAUUUGUAAAGCAAUUUGGUGAUUUUUUUUUU